GGUAAAGCUUUGGUGCAAGCUGUUAAGUUAGCUAGCAGAUUUAGACUUAAAAAUGUGAUAUUUGAGUCUGACAAUUCAUCCAUGUUUCGAAAACUCUCCAAGACGGACAUCUAUUUAAUUGACAUCGACUCGAUCCUUGAAAACAUUCUAUUUUUCUCCCGUAGUUUUGACUAUGUAUUUUGGUCUCAUGUCAAAACAGAUGGGAACUUUGUAGCUCAUCAUCUUAAAAAGCUUAUUCCAUUUAGUCUUGAAUAAGUAUGGGUAAAUUAUUGUCCUUGUGAGCUUUUCCCUUAUGUUUUGAUAGACUAGAGGUCCUUAAAUUAAUAUAAUCGACUUCCGAUAAAAUAAAAAAAAAAAAAAAAAACCUCAAACCAACUAAAACUCGAACGAGUCCAAUCUACAACAAAACUCAACCGUCAUUACAAACCGUUAAGUUUCAAUUGUCUAGAACAUACUCAAAAUUACGAAAUUUUCCCACGAAUAUUUUAUUUUCCUAAAAAAUCCUUUAUUUUCCAUAUUCAACGCAAUGCAAUGCCACCAUUACAUCUUCCCCAGAUUCUCACUCUCUCUCCACCGUCAUCACCACCAUCUCUUCAGCCUCCAUUCCAUCAGAAAAUCAAACCCUAAUUCCAGAAUUCUACUAAAAAUGUCACUCUCUUCUUCAUCUUCUUCAAUUUCAGAGGAAGAACUCAAACAACAGCAAAAAUCCCACCAUUUACAAACCUUACAAUACCAUCAACAAACCAAACACCAUUUCACCAAAUUCGCAAAAGGGCCGGGUCGUUUAGAUUGGGCGAAUCAACCCAAUCCGUUUCGAAGAUACAUUGAUGCUCCAUUAAUUUCUCUCCAACAUUUUCCAAUUGAAGAAGAUGAACAACAAUUUUCAGGUGGGGUUCCUUUAUAUUCCUCUGUUUUUCUCUCUCUUCCUCCUCCAAAACCCAUUUCAUUUUCGUCAAUUUCUCAGUUGUUAUAUGAUUCUUUAGCUUUAUCUGCUUGGAAAACUACUGGGUUUUCAACUUGGUCUCUUAGGGUGAACCCUAGUAGUGGGAAUUUGCAUCCUACUGAGGCUUAUAUUGUUGCUCCUGCAAUUGGGGGUUUGUCGAAUUCUGGGUUUGUGGCUCAUUAUGCACCUAAAGAGCAUGGAUUAGAGAUUAGGGCUGAAAUUCCAGCUGGGUUUUUUGAUAGAGGUUUUCCAGAUGAUUGUUUUUUUGUUGGGUUUUCAUCGAUUUUUUGGCGGGAAGCUUGGAAGUAUGGAGAAAGGGCGUUUAGGUAUUGUAAUCAUGAUGUUGGGCAUGCUAUUGCUGCUGUUGCUAUUGCAGCUGCUGAGCUUGGUUGGGAUGUUAAGUUGCUUGAUGGGUUAGGGUUUGAUGACUUAGAGAAGCUGUUUGGGUUUGAAUCUUUCCCUAAAUUGCCAAUUCCUAGUCGCCCCGUUAAGGGUAAGUUCUCCGGGAUUGAGUUUGAGCACCCGGAUUGUGUAUUGGCGGUGUUUCCCCGUGGGGGAGAAGAGGGGUUUGAUGUGAAUUUCAAAGAUUUGAGCUCAAGGAUAUCGGAAUUUUCGAAGUUGGAUUGGAAAGGAGAGCCUAAUGUACUGAGUAAAGAGCAUGUAGUUUGGGAUAUUAUCUAUAGGACUUCGGAAGCAGUAAAGAAGCCCCUAUCAGUAGGGGAGAGUGUAAUUAUUGAUCCUUUUCAAUGCAGUGGUGUAUGUAGUGAUAGCUCUUAUAAGGGAUUAACAGUUAGGGAGGUGGUUAGGAAGAGGAGGAGUGCGGUCGAUAUGGAUGGAAUAACUGUUAUUCAUAGAGAUACUUUUUAUCAAAUUCUAUUGCAUUGUCUCCCCUCCGGAUCAAGGAGCGGAGAGAAGCAAGGCAAACAGUUGGCAUUGCCAUUUAGGGCUCUCUCUUGGGAUAGUGAAGUACAUGCUGCUUUAUUUGUUCAUAGGGUGUCAGGUUUGCCUAAAGGUUUGUAUUUCUUGGUGAGAAAUGAAAAUCAUUUAGAUGAUCUAAGGAAUGCUAUGAGGCCAGAGUUUACUUGGAGGAAACCUGAGGGUUGCCCUGUCGACCUUCCUCUUUAUGAACUUGCACCUGGUGACUGUAAGGAGCUUUCGAAAAGACUUUCCUGCCAUCAGGACAUUGCUGGAGAUGGAUGUUUCAGCCUUGGCAUGAUAUCGCAUUUUGAGCCUACAUUGCAGGCAAAGGGUGCAUGGAUGUAUCCUCGGCUUUUCUGGGAGACUGGUGUUCUAGGACAAGUGCUUUACUUAGAGGCUCAUGCAGUGGGUAUUUCUGCCACUGGAAUUGGCUGUUUUUUUGAUGACCCUGUACAUGAGGUGCUUGGCCUGAAAGGAUCAGAUUAUCAAAGUCUUUACCACUUCACAGUUGGAGGUCCAGUAAUUGACAAGCGAAUAAUGAGCCUACCUGCAUAUCCAGGGCCUGAGAUUGAUGCAUAGUCUAUAUUUUCUGGCUGCUUGAUCUAGUUCUAGAAAAAAGCUGACAGGUUGUAUGUUCCUAUGACCUUUGUACAUACCCGCUGUAACAGAGUUUGACGUAUAUGUAAUAUCUCCAAGAAUUCCAUUGUCAACUAGUGCCAUGAGGUCUUUGGCCAGAGGUAAUCAGACUAUUGCAGGCUUGCAGCUGAGAAGUUAUUAAUGAUCUAAGCUGCAUAUCCAAGGCCGUAGAUUGAUGCAUAGAAUCAUACCUGUAUGGCUGCUUUAUCAAAUUGUAGUAAAUGAAAAACAAUGGUUAUACAUUCCUUUGACUGUUGUAGAUUGUAUAGCAAAAUUGUACUUGAUUACCAUGCGAAAAUAAAGUUUGGCAUGUGCUGCUGUAUGUGUAUUUGAGUAAUUCAAACUUCGCAGAGUUUAUUAGGAGAUGA